AUGGCUGAUGCUUCGGCUUCUAAGUUAUAUGAGUCUAGCCCACCUGCACGUACAUUGGUGAUGCUAGUCAUGUCCCCGCCUAUUGGCCUGACCGUCGGCCCCUCGAACCGCUUCUACUCUCGGGAAUACGUAACAGCCUCCGGUCCAAAUGUACUCCGUAGGGGGAGCAAGAUUGCGCAAGGUCCUAGCCGGAUUGGAGAUCGUUCUGCCGACCCCGGGCAUGGGACGGGCGAAGUGAUUCGCAGGGUCAUCCGAAUUUCGGCGCUUGAUGUGACUCUAUGA